AUGGAUUUGGAAAUAUACGCGUAUGACCCGGAGCAGCGCGCCAAUGUAUUGGAAUUUUAGCACUAUAAUCCAUGACUACAAUUUGUUUCAGAUUUCAUUUUGGCCAUACAGCAGGCACGUUAUGAUCAUGGAUAUGUUGUACGGAAAACAAAUCUGGGGACAUGUCUUGGUGGUGAAUGUCUUCCAUUCUUUCGGCGUCGACCAAGUGAGCAACAACAAUGUUUCUUCCCGAAUCAAUCGCGGUUUUAGUACUGGCUGUACAGUUUCGGAGAGUUGAGCCCACCCAAUUUCUUCCUUGCUCGAUACAAGCCGGACCAACCACCUCAUACGACAUACCGAUCCGUACCGCAACCAGAGUUCGAAAAAACUGUAAAUGGCAGUGCGCAUAGGAUUGCGAUGGUAAUAUUUUCACUAGAAAAUUGGAAGGUUUAUGCAUAACUCAUUCUCUGUAAGAUACGAGUAUGUCGUAGUGGCUUAGGGCCUAGCGCUUCGAAAUCUUAUGGUAUAUGUAUGCAUAGUAUUGGGUCUCAGCUCCGGGUUACUGUUGACAUCUUCUUCAAGUUAUACAAUUUUGGUGCACUUUUUUUCAAGGUUAUGGAUACAAAUGUUAUUUUUAGUGAUUUAUCGAGAAAACCUUAAGUUAAAAGUAUUGUAAACCAUUUAAGGAAAUUGGCGCGGAAAUACUCGACUUCAGAUUCAUGCGCUUCAGAAACAUGACCGAAGAGCAAAUCCAGGAUUUUUCAGAGUUCAUUUAA